AUGAACGACUCGUACGCGGACGUCAAGGAGAACUCCAAGUUGGAAUGGAUGGUCGAGAUGUACCACAUGGCGAAGGAGUACCGCACGCCCUCCCGUCUCAACGUCCUCCUCCUUCUCUACGACGUGCUCACCUUCAUCGUCGUCAAGCCAGACAUUGACAAGCGCCUCAAGCAGCUGCUGGGGGAGCAGCAGAACAGCCUGCUGAGAAAGGCAGAGGAUCUUCUCUUCAAGUUCAAGAAGUUUCAGCAGCGCGACAUUCCCUGCGUCGACCUCCACGAGAAGCAGAAGGAGCUCGAACGGGUGUUGGCACGCAAAGAGAGCGAGCUCGAAAGGAGGGAGCGAGAGCAGCUGGAAAACAAGCUCAGCUCUUUCAAGCUGAGAAGGAGGUUCGGCCAUUCUCCGCUGUCCCUUCCCAGCUUGUGGCCCACCUGGUUUUCGAAAAAGGGGCUAGAGUGCAAGAGCAUUGCCGAGCUAAGAUCCGAGCUGCAGGUCCUGGCGAGGCAGCAGAAGCAGGACGCGGAGGAGCUGAGAAGGAGCGCGAAGUUCAUCUCUUUGGCGCAGGCGAGGUACUUGAGGAGGACGAGCCAGAAGGACAAAUGA